AUUGUCUGUCUGUGUCAGAGUGUGUCUGUGUUUGUGGUGGCGUACUGGCGUAGAUAUCUCUGCAAUUUUAAUCUACUUCGGUUAAUGUUAAUGCUUCUUCAGUAGCAAUUGACUUAUUUAACUUACUUAAAAAUAGUUUUACCAACGAAUAAUCUAUUUUAUGUCCUUAACUUUGCGCACUAAAGCCAUGUCAGAUCAUACUGAUCAUUCAUAUGCACUUAGGGGUAUGAAGAAUUCUUCUAAAAACAACGUACUUGAGUGUCGGGUGUGUCAAGACGUGUUUGGACUGGUAGGAGACAAGGUACCUCGUUUGUUGUAUUGUGGCCACACUGUCUGUCAUACCUGUCUGCUACGUCUGCCUUUGACGGAAAACACCAUACUAUGUCCAUUUGAUCGUCAGCCUACUCCAGUCGGGAACUCCGGUGUGUGGGGUUUGAAGAAGAACUUUGCCCUCUUAGAGCUCCUAGAGAGGCUGCAGGACUCUCAGGAGAGAGAUGCUGUUGCUGUCCUACUGUCUACAGACGUCUUGCACAAGGAGAGAAUGUUGGGUAUCCGAUGUGAUGAGAAUGAUGCUCACACAGCUGUUCUGUACUGCAUCGUGUGUGCGACUCACUUGUGUGAGGUAUGCAGCGAGAGUUCUCACGCCACUCGGACGCUGGGCAAGCAUCGCCGAGUGCCGUUGUCAGAGAAGCCGCGUGAGCGACCACGAUGUCCCGCCCAUCCAGCACACCCAGCGGAGUUUGUGUGUCUUCAGGAUGAGUGUCAAGCGUCGGCCGCAUCUCAGAACACCGUCAUGUGCUUCAUAUGCAAGGACUACGGACGACACAAGAACCACAAGCACGCUCUGGUAGAGGUGGAGGCUGAAAAUAUCCGAUCGUCUGUAAUCAACGCUUCUCAACACAUGCGAACAUUGAUGGAAGAUAUGAGAGAGACUGUUCAUCGGCUAGAUCAAGUAGCCGUGGGGCUAGAGGGUCACUUGGGUCCGAACGGUGAACUGUUGGAGCCUGGCACUUGUGAGUUGGCGAGAGCUCGUGUAGAACAGUACUUCACACAACUGAGGGAGACGCUACUACUUCAGGAAGCAGCUGCUCGUAGUGCUGUAGACACGCACGUGAGAGAGAGGUUGUGUUCUCUACGGCAACUGCAGGAAGAGGUGGCUUUGUGGUGUUCUCAGGUGGCAGUGGUGUGUAUACAAUGUGAGCUCACUAUACAACAAGAUGACGCCAGAGUGUUGGCUGCCAGCCAGGAGAUCAAGGAGGCGUUGGCUUCCGUAGAGAAACCACAACAACAGUACGCAGAACUGAGCCCUGAGCAACUACAGCCUGACCCAAGCAUUCCCAUAACCUUUACUAAGGACAACCGAGUCCACAUCGGGCCGAAGAUUGAGAUGCGAGUGGUGACCCUGGGACUGGACGGAGCUGGUAAAACCAGCAUCUUAUUCAAGCUAAAACAGAACGAGUUCAUGGCUGUCAUCCCGACCAUCGGCUUCAACGUGGAAUCCGUGGAGUACAAGAAUGUUAGGUUUAACAUCUGGGACAUCGGCGGACAGCCGAAGCUGCGGCCAUUGUGGAAACACUACUACCUCAAUACACAGGCCGUAGUGUUUGUGAUUGACUCUUGGGAUAGACAACGACUCCCCGAGGCUCUUAGUGAACUAUCCAAGCUCAUGUCGGAAAAAGAGUUGAAAGACGCUGCGCUUCUGAUUCUGGCCAAUAAACAGGACCUGUCUGGAUGUGCGAGCAUUGAGAGUAUCUCGGAGCAGCUAGCGUUGGCCAAGCUGUGUUGUGGUCACAGUUGGCACAUUCAGGCGUGUGAUGCGCAGAGUGGAACAGGGCUGCAUGAUGGACUGGACUGGCUCUCUCGUCAACUUGUGGCGGCCGGAGUGUACGACAUGACGUAACCUGUCAUGUGUGAAGGCUUAUCUCUUGAUGCAUCAUCAACUAUUGGAAGGACUGAAUUAAGUUAUAUUUAAAUAUGAUUGUACUCGUACAAGUUUUACAUUUGUUUGUUUUGAAAAUAUUUGACAAAUUCCUGAAGUAAAUUGUGAAAGCGAGAUUGUAUUAGGUACUUGAUUUAAAGAAUUAAUUUGGUUAAUUUACACAAAAUAUAAAUACGGUGUGUCAUAUUUAUUAAAUAAUUUCAUUGAGUUCUAUUUGAAAGGUUGAUUUUAUAGACAGCUUUAAGUUUCAACUCAAUGAAUAUUACUUUUAGCUUAUUGUGAAGCUUAUUGUUUUUAUUAAGUUUUAUAAAAUUAUCUGUAAGUAAAUUUGUAUAGUAUAGUGUAGUAAACAAGACAGAGGAACUUCAUUUAUGUGAAAUACAGUUAUGAUGGCAAAAAGAUCCUCCGCCCUUUUAUUCUUUAAACCGGGUAUUUAGAAACCAGUGCUGCUUGUCAAAUAUAAAUACUGUAAAGAUGAACAACAUCCCAUAUAAAAGAGUCCUAUAAUCCACUUUUUCCAUAAGCAAACUUUAAUUUACUUUUAUUCCUCCAAAAAAAUGUCCCUCUCAGUAAAAAUAACUGUGCAUUUCUUUACCUUUCUAUUGUAAAGAGAAUUUUUUCCUGUUUUUAGAAAUUAGUCGUUUUAGUAAACACUGAAGCUCAGGACUCUUGUUAGUUGUUUACGAUGUUAAGGCUGGACUUGAGGUUGUGCAAUAGUUAGUUUGUACAUAGUGUAUAACAUGCAGUAAUACUCUAUACAGAUAGGAUAUAAAAUGUUCCUGAUCAUAGCUGACGGCAAAUAAUGCUUGAAACUGGACUAUUCCAAUAAUUGAGUACCGUAUCGUAUCCAAAAAGUAGUGGAUUAGGUUUGAUUUGCUGUGUAUGUGGCUGACAUCAACAUUCAUUUUUUAAUGUCUAUCUUUUACUUGCUUGUUUUCAUUCAACAUGGAGUUACUUAAUGAAAUCUUGUUCCUGAAAAGUAGCUAAUGAGUUUUUGGUUUUCAUUUAGAGUUAGACUCUAAUACUACCAUGAGUUCACCGUAAAGAAAUAUAUAGUUAUAAAUUUUAUUAUUCCCAAAUGAAGAAACUACAGAGAAAAGGUUUAAACAUUGUUAUGGGGAACUUGUCUCCUAUGAUAUACGAUUUAGUUUUCUUCCACUUAUUAAAGGAUGGUAGAAAAAGUUAAUGUUUCGCUGUUUUGUGUUUGGGGCGUGUACUCUUGCGCAACAAAUUAACAAAUAAUUGCAGCCGAUUGUUCAAUGGGAGAUGGGAAUGGCACAAAACAGUCUAUCUUCUGUUCUCGAACAAAUUUCAAGAUUUUUAAACCGCUUCCCAUUAAAUGCAUUUAGUAUUUGUAAUAAAAAAUCGCCGCAGACAUUAAAACUAAAAAAGAAGAAUCAGAGAUUUUUACCUAGCUUUGAGGUGGUUACAAUUUGCCAACAAUUGGAAACUUUAUUAAUUCGUCCUAUAUUGGUUCCACUGUGAAAAGGUGUGUCUUACUACAGGAUUAUUUAUACGUAUCAUUAAGCUGUAUAGGCUACCAUCCCAGUUAAAUGUUUAUUUACCAUGUAUUGUAUAUGUUGGAUCUAUCUUCGAAUAUCUGUCUUCUAAUAAAUAAGUGUUAGUAUUAUGAACAUAAGAUAAAUAAUUGUAAAGUUCUAUUAUUAAUUUGUUUUCUAUAGUGUAAAGUGUUUUGUAAAAUAAAUUUUGUUGA